AUGUUUUCACAAAUAAAAGCAUUUAUUAUCGCUUGGUCAUUUUUUUAUUUUCAUGUGGUAUAUGCGUAUCCACCAACAACAACAAUAUCUCCCGUAUUAAAUCUAUUAAAUCAUCAUGUAUAUUAUUAUAACAAUCCAUUUCUUAAUCAUUAUCUUUCAUCACCUACCAUUCCAUUAAAUCUUAUUUCACCUGCUGUUAAUAGCUUACAUUUAUCUCAUGAACAACUUACACAACAUUUUAAUCAUCUUCAUGAACAAUAUCUUAACAAUUUAUUUGGAUCAUCUGACUUUAGUCAUCAUCCUUUUCACCAUUACCCGACAACAGCAAUGAUCAUGACAUCAACUCAAUCACCACCAUUACUGAUCACUAGUACUACUACAACAAGAUCACCAUCGAUAAUGGCUGUCUCAUUGUCAAAAGAAGACAAAGAUAUUAAUAAAAAAUUUAAAGAAAAAAAUGAAUUAAUAAAAAUAAAUAAACUAAAUCAAAAUAUAUCUCCAUCAAAAUUGAAUCUUGAUGAAUUAUUAAAAAAUUCUAAAUUAGAUGAAAAAGAAAAAGAAGAUUUUUUAAAACAUUUUCAAACAAUUAUUGAAAAAGAAUUAGAAAAAAGGCAAAAGAAAAAAUUAAUUAUCAAGACAACUGGCUCAGAAAUUAAAAAUGAUUCUGGAAAUUUUAAUGAAACAAUCAAAACUACAACAACAACAACUACUACAACUAUUCUUACACCACCAUUAAAUGAAAUUAUUAAAGCUCAAGGAACAAGAAUAAUUAAAAAUAAUGAAAAUAAUGUUGAUUCUAAAGAAUUAUUAGAAAAUUUAGAUUUAGUUUCAAAGGCCAUUGAACAAUAUUUAAAUGUAGAAAAAGAAAGAAGUAUUAAUACGGCUGAAAAAAGUUUACCAGUUAAUGAGGAGGAAAUAGAAAAUAUUUCAAAAAAAGAAGAUGAUGAUGAAGAUAAUUUUAAGAUAAAUGAACAAAAAGAAUUUGAUAGAUUUAUUAAUUCAAAAAAAGAAGAUAAAAUUUCUACUUCAACAACAUCAACAACAACCACAACCACAACAGCUUCAGAAAUAUUUUUAGAAAAUACCUCUACUCCUCCUAUUUUUAAUGUACUUCGUCGUCGGUUACCUCCAACAAGAUAUAAUACAGAAUUUGAGAGAUUAGCUCAGGAUUAUCAGGAAAGAUUAAUGAUGGCAGCAGGUGGUAUAGAAGAGGAUGUUUUUAAAAUUUUACGUAAUGCUAAAAUAGCUUUAUAUUCCCAGUAG